AUGGCAUCCUACGACGAGAUGGAUACCGAGACUGCGCCGGAGGACACCAGCAAGAAGACCAUCAGCUUCCGCUUCUGUCGCGAGUGCUCCAACAUGCUCUAUCCCCGCGAAGACGACAUCCACAACGAGCUCAUGUUCGCCUGCCGCAUGUGUCCCUAUAGCGAGAAAGCCGAAUCGACCUGCGUCUACCGCAACGCACUGAAGGAGGAGAUCGCAGAGACAGCAGGCAACACAGACGAUGUGGAGGAUGAUCCUACGGUGGGUAAUGACGAUGACGAUGACGAUUAUUAUGAACACCCCGAAUAUUCCUACGACGCUACCAUGGGUGGCGAGGAUGUCUAUGGCGAGGAGAUUGCGCCGGAGAUGUGCACGCUCUGUGGCAAGGAGAUCCUAUGUCCCUUCUGCGGCCAGCCCAGCGCGAACGGGAUAGCUCUCGAAGCGCCUGAUCCAGGCUCGACCGAGAGCAAGCAAGACGAGGAAGAGCAGGUGGAGAAUGAGCGGCGCGAGCGUGCACUUUCCGGCGCCACUCUCCUUCGCACAUAA